AUGGCGAGGAUCAAGGUCCACGAGCUAAGAAACAAGACAAAGGCAGAGCUUUUGGGUCAACUGAAGGAUCUGAAGGCAGAACUUGCCCUCCUCCGAGUCGCCAAUGUCACCGGCAGAGCCCUCCAACAAGCUCUCCAAAAUGAAGGUGGUGAGUUGAGGCUUUCAAUAGCACAGGUGUUGACAGUGAUUUCCCAGAAGCAAAAAGCUGCUCUAAGAUAA